CCGUGUUGUGAUAUUUAUUUUGAAUUCAAGGGUCGUUCAAACAGGUUCAAAUCAUGAAUCUUAAUUUACAUUCUUCUACGUUAUUAACCGAAUUUGCAAGGGAAAAAAGUAAUGAACUUGAAAGUUUGUUCUCUAAAGUUGUUUCAAAAAUGACGCCAGGUGUAUAUGACAAUACGGGAACAGGAUCAUUAUGUGCGGCUCCCAUCACAGAAGCUACAAACAAAAUUGAUUCUCAAAUUGAUCAACACAGUUCUGGUAUGACGAAUAAUGCUCAAGAAGAAGCUAUUGGGAGGACAUCAGUAAAUGUUAUUAAACAUUUAAGCACUAUCGUUAAUCAAAAAAAUCUGAACUAUAAGAAAUACAAGAACACUGAACUUCAAAAGCUGUGGAUGCCAGAUUCAACUUCAAUCGAGUGUUACGAAUGUUCAGUUAAGUUUUCUACAUUUAAAAGGAAGCAUCAUUGUCGAUUAUGCGGUCAAAUUUUCUGUACUAAGUGUUGUAACCAAGUUGUGCCUGGGAAAAUCAUUAACUGCACAGAUGACCUUAAAGUUUGCACGUAUUGUUCAAAAGUUGUACUUAUGUAUCUCAAUUCGUCGAAUACGGCUGAGGAUUUAAAAUCUGAUUUGAAAGCUUUUCAAGAAGAUCUUUCGAAUAAACUACUACCUAUCCAAAUGGUACAAAAUGACGAAAGUGGAAGAUUGACUAAUAAGAAGGAGAUAACAGUCGGAUAUCGAGAGGAACGAAUUGUCUCCAACCAAAUAAAUAUUUUAUCUAGUGCUGAUAGAAAAGCGAUUCUUCAACAAUCUAACUCGUUGCGUACGUUGUUUGAAGAAAUGGUCGAUUUCCUGCCAAACCAAAAUCAUGGUUUUGAGCUCAUAGCAUUCUUGGUAACUGCUCAAAAAACUUCUAACAACCGGCAAGCGAUGGCUAUACUCGGAGCUAUGAUUGAAGCUGGAUACCUUCUACCACUUGAUGUGGCAUCUACCAACAGUGAAUCAUUUGUGGAUUUUAACGAAAAUGACAAAAAUGAAGUGGCACUAUUUGACGACAACGCAGUUUAUGUAUUUGCUCCAAACAAAGAAGCCACUGCAUCUUCAGCAGAAAUAACAGAAGUUGCCGAAACAGACGUAAUCGGUCAGACAGCCGAAGAUCGUUUGCUUCAACCAGAAACCAAAGAAAACACUCAAAAGGAAAUCACUUAUAAUGACCAGGAAAAAUGUUUUAUCUUUUCCACCGGAGCUACAGUUCUUUUGGAAGCGUUUUGUCAGCAUGAGGAUUCUUUGGUCAAUCAAUUGCUGCAUCUCAAUAACUUAGAUGUGUCUUGGUCCAAAAUCUUGAUUCCAAUUGCAGCGCGUGUUGCCAAUACUAUGAACCCACAUACAUUAGCUGAUUCGAUGGAUAUCAGACACAAUGUUUGCUUUAAAAAGCUACCUGGAGGAGAUCGAAAAGAGUGUGCUAUUUUAGAAGGUGUUUGUUUUACAAAGAAUGUUGUGCAUCGACAAAUGCUAGCUCGUAUCAAUAAUCCUAAGGUACUGCUUUUAGAAUGUUCGAUUGCAUUCCAAAGAGUGGAGAGUAAAUUUGUAAGUUUUGAUACAUUGAUGUUACAAGAAAAAGACUAUUUGAAAAAAAAAGUUUCAAAAAUUUUGACCUGGGGAGCAAACAUAGUAUUAGUUCAUAAGAACGUCGCUGGAAUAGCUCAAGAGAUGCUGCGAAGUAACGGAAUCACUCUCAUUACGGACGUCAAAUUAUCUACACUAGAGAGAAUAGCAAGAUGUUUAGACUGUGACUUGUUGACCUCAAUAGAUUCGAAUGUUGGUCAACCAAAGUUAGGGACGUGUGAUAACUUUGAUAUUCAACGUUACAAUACUGAUGAAGGUUCACUGAAAACAUUGCUUUGUUUAAAAACACUAAAUAAUUCUCGUGGAUGUUGCAUUCUAUUGCGUGGAGGAAGUCGUCGUGAAUUAGUAAUUCUGAAAAAAAUAUUAGCUUUUCUUAUUUUUACUCGUUAUAAUUGGCGUAUGGAAAUGGCUUUUUUGUGCGAUGAGUAUGCCGUGCCCCCUACCCUACCAGAUUCGACAAUAAAAGAUGGAAAACACAUGGAUGAAAAAUCUGACGUGUUACGUACUGACGAUGAAUCAAUUCAUUCAAACAUUCAAGUAACCUCAAAAGAACUGUCUCAAUCUGAAGUACAUAAAAAAAACUUUCUAAAUGGUCUCAGACGAACCAUACUGACAAUAAGUCCUUUUAUAAAAAUCUCUUCGCCAGACAUAGAAAGUGCAAAAAAUAAACUGUAUUUUUCAAAUCUUUGGAACACACCGGUAGCCGGAAUUACAAUAAACCGGGAAAGGAAAUUUAGACAUACAACUAAAACUCUGAAUUGUUCUCAUAAACUAACGACUAUCAACAUUUUAACUGGAAUGGACGAAAAAAACAUACCGUCAUUGAUAGCUGAUUAUCGAGCGUAUGGAGGAAAAUAUCCGAAACACAAAUCAAUGCAUCGAGUUCAUAAACGCAUAACAGACAUCGGUGACGUGCCUAAAAGCGGGAAAAACUAUGUUUACAAAGAAGCCCUUGAUAUUUUCAAUCAUCAGCAACUAUCUGUGCUUUUUUACAGCUUUUAUUAUAAUCCUAAUCUUCCAUCAUCAUAUUGCGCUCAACCAUCACUUCUUAACAUGCAGUUCUAUGGACAAAACGAUAUAAUGCUGGGAGAUUUUUUAGAGAGGUAUUGCUUCCGAAGCUCUCAUUUAUGUAAGUCAUGCAACUUACCAAUGAUGGAUCAUAUAAGACGGUACGCUCAUUUACAAGGAUAUGUACAGGUUGAUCUUAAAGAAGAUAAGAAUAAACUAGAUACCUCUGCAAUUGUGCUAACAUCUAAAUGUAAAUUGUGUCAAAAACAAAUAAGUUCUCAAUUAUCAAGGGACACAUGGCGUUUGUCCUUUGCCAAGUAUUUAGAGCUGAGAUUUUGCGGACAUACAUAUACCUGUAGAAACUUUGAAAACGGGAAAGCAUGCAAACAUUCGCUGCACAAAGAUUACAUCCACUAUUUCACAUACAAAGGAGUUUUGGCUAUUUUCACAUACUAUUCUGUUAACGUUUGGGAUAUCUGCUUUCCUGAAAUGACCUACAAAUCAUUCGAUUUAAAGAGUAUUUCCGUCGAAUUGAAAAUCUUAACUUCAAAAGGAUACGAUGGUUUCGCUAAGAUUGUUGACAAAAUUUGUGAUCUUGCAAUAGAGCCAGACAUCUACGAAAAAUUCCUGAGAAAGGUUAAUUUUGAUAAAACGAACUUCCAAAGAGAUAUUGACACCGUCGAAAGUUUAGUGAGAAAUAAUAGUUCCAUUGAAAAUGUAGAAGACGCAUUACUCUUACUCAAGAAAACAAUGUUAGAAAAUCUUGAUGAUUGUGCCUUUCAGUUGAAUUCUCUUUCAUCAAGAACGGAAAUUGAUGAUAAAGAUAAAAAAGAAUCUGAUCGUAAAGGUUCUAGAGUACUUAUGGACACCACAUGGAAUGAAUGUGCAGCUGUGGCAGAUUUAUCAGACCGUGCGAGAGUAAAAAGCAAUUGUUUGUUUCCAAUAAUGAUUCAUGAACAGGAUUUAUCUUCGUAUAUUGCAUAUGCUUUAACAUCUAGCAACUAUCAAAUUGCUCUAGAUCAACUAAAUGCAGAUAAAACAACAGACCUGUGCUCAAAUCCUGUGAAGCAACCUAUUGAAUGCAGUGACAACAAUGAUGAGACGUUUUCCAAGAUCGAUUCAACUGAAAGCAAAAGAUCGCAAAAACUCAACUGCCACGUAGACAUACCGUGUCAAGAUGGUGACCAUAAUUUUUCCUGCAAGAUUUACUUUGCCAAAGAAUUUAGUAAGCUGCGAUCACUUUUGAUAACUGAUCCCUUAACAGGUGAUUUGAAAAAGCGACAGUAUUGUAAGUGUAACCGGGUACAUUGUGAUAACGCUAUAACUCGCAAAUUUGCACGAUCGCUGCUUAGAAGUUUUCCGUGGGACGCUCGUGGCGGGAAAAGCGGAUCUAAGUUUAGUAAAACUAUAGACGAUCGAUUCAUUCUGAAGGAAAUGUCCCGCACAGAUGUUACCAUUUUUGAAAAUUUUGCUCCUUAUCUAUUCGAUUACAUUCACGAUUGCCUAAAAUAUAAUCAACCCACUCUGCUUGCUAAAAUAUUUGGAAUUUUCAAAGUGACCGUGAAAACAAAAGAAUCCACAUCUAUCGAAAAAACCGUUUUAGUCAUGGAAAAUUUAUUCUGCAACAAGAAUAUAUCACGAAAAUUUGACUUGAAAGGCUCAUUGCGGAACAGACUGGUAGAUCCCCAAAACCAAUCUGGAGAGGUUGUACUCUUGGAUGAAAAUUUUUUGCAAAUGUCGUGGAAAAAUCCCUUGUAUGUAUUAUCAAAUACGCAUACAGUCCUUCAUGAAUGCAUUGAGAGGGAUUCCUCUUUUCUUGAGAAAAACGGAGUUAUGGAUUACUCUUUGCUCUUGGGAAUAAAUGAUGAUCAAAGUUCGCUAUUCGUUGGUAUAAUAGAUUACAUCCGCACAUUCACGCUUGAUAAAAAAGUUGAAUCAAUGCUAAAACAAUCGGUAAUAAUGGGUGGACAUGGAAAACUUCCUACUGUUAUUUCGCCCAAAAUGUAUAAAAAUCGAUUCAGAGAAGCUAUGAACAGGUAUUUCCUGCUGAUGCCUGAUCGUUGGGGAGGAUUGGCUUUUACCGAGUCAGCAAGAACAGAUGAAUCUUCCAAAAAUAUUCCAGCAAAGGCUGAGGAAAAAUGACCGUAAUGGAUGAAAUCCACUUAUGUGAAGUUAAGGCCAAGGCCGACACAUUUCAAGCUUGUUGAAAUAUUUCCUCUGAAACUAAAAAGUGAUGCCAGACAAGCAAAUAUCAUGGCAGAAAUUCUCUCAAAAGAUAUUUUAUCACAAAUAAUUCUAAAAAAAUCAAUAAAACUAACCAGGAGCUGGAAGUGCUCAUAAUACAGAAUGUUAGGAAUAUAUGUACUCGAAAAACUGUCCCGAUUCACGCUAUUGAUCGGUUUUCAAAAUUCUAUCUCCACAAAGUACAAUAUGCAAUAAAUUCCAAUAUGCGAAUCUUUUUCUUUCAAUUAGAAAUUUAAACUCGAGCCAGGUAAAUCAGCCUACCUUCUUCAAGCAGUGAGGGAAAUUUCAAGUAAUAAAUUAGUUUUUUGUAGGAAACCCAGCAGAUUUUCUAUUGUUUCCCUAUCAUUUCCUAGUACGAACUGCAAUGAGCCGUUUAAAUUAAAUUCACACCUUUCAUUAUCAUAUUUACGGCAUUCUAACAAAACAUGUUUCACAUCAUUUGUACCAUUACAAGUCGAGCAAAGAUUUACUGUUGCACCUUCCAUUAAAUGACCAUGAGUUAAUCUUGUAUGCAGGGUUGCCAACAUAUAUUUUCAAAAAUCAGGGAACUUGCGAAAUAAAAAUCUGGCUACGUAAAAGUAACGGAAAUUUCGCUCUA